AUGAAAAGGGCCAGGAGUAGGAUUUCUUGUAUUCAGGACUGUCAGGGGAAUAUCCUUUCUGAGGAUGGGGAUAUCUCUAAGGAAGCGGUUAAGUUUUUUAAGAAUCUUCUUUCUUCUGAGAAUAUUGAUGUUUCUAACAGUAUCUCAUCUCUUAUUCCCUCUCUUGUCUCUCCUGAGGAUAAUACAAUGUUAAUGUCUCCUUUCUCAAUAGAAGAGGUUCGGGGGGCUGUUUUUGCUAUGAAUCCGGAUAAGGCUCCCAAGCCUGAUGGAUUUACUCCUUUGUUUUUCCAGAAAUGUUGGGAGUUUGUUGGUCAGGAUGUCCUUUUGGCUUUAGAGGAAGCUAGGAGAAAUAGGUCUAUCCUUAAAGAAAUGAAUACUACCUUAAUUGUCAUUUUACCUAAAAAGGACGACCCUAAAACCUUCACAGAUUUUCGUCCUAUAGCUUUAUGUAACACCAUUUAUAAGAUAUUUUCCAAAGUAAUUGCAAUGAGGUUGGCUAAGCUGUUACCAAGAAUAAUUUCCCUUGAGCAAGGAGGUUUUGUCCCUCAAAGGUUAACUCCUGAAGGGGCUAUAGUUGCUCAUGAGGCAAUUGGCUCAGCACGUGAGAGUGGUUCAUGGAAGGGCAUCAAAAUUCAGAAUUUUGAUCGGAGGAUCUCCCAUUGUCUUUUUGCUGAUGACACCCUCCUAUUUGGUUGUGCAACCUUGAAGGAGGCUCAGGCUAUUGAUCAAGUGAUUAGGAAUUAUGUAGCUUUUUCGGGUCAGAAGGUCAACAAGGAAAAAUCUAAGAUUUUCUUCUUAAAUACUCAGUCCCUGCUCCGGGAUAAGCUUCAAAAGUUUUGGGGUUUCCAACUUGGGGAUCUUCCCUGUACUUAUUUAGGUGUUCCUUUUUUUGCUAAUAAGGUUAAGGUUAGUUUUUGGGAUAAAAAAGUUUCAGGGGUGUCUAAGAAAAUUUUGGCAUGGAACCACAAAUGGCUCACCAUGGCCGGGAAAAUUGUGUUGAUUAAGUCAGUUUUGAAUGCGGUGCCUACUUACUUAAUGUCAAUUCUCAAAGCUCCAAAGGAUGUUAUUGUCAGUUUAAAAGAUACUCUGAGGUCUUUUCUUUGGAAUAACAACAGGGAUGGGAAAUCUAGGAUCCCCCUGUUAGCUCGGGAUAAGGUUUGUCUUCCUAAAGAACUUGGGGGGUCUGGAAUUCGUAGCUUGGAAAAUCAAAAUUUGGCCCUGGGGGCCAAAUUAGUGUGGAAAUCGUAUGAUAAUCCAGCCUCCCUUUGGGCUAGAAUCAUGUUCGCUAAGUAUCUUUCUAAUGGAGCUAGGGAGUCUAUUUUUCGGGCCGAGUCUCUGCCUAAGGGGUCGGCCAUUUGGAAUUUCAAGGGAAAAUCCCUUUUAGAUUAUGUAUCACCAGAUUGUCUGGCUGCAACGGUUAAUGUUUUUGCAGGAAUUCAUUUUCUUUUAGAAUUAAUGCCUAAUGUUCGAGCUUCGCCAGUUUGGGUUCCUCCUAUACAGAUGGUGCCUCCUUCCUCUCCACCACUAGAAGGGCCUAGCUCAUGGUUCUCAAUUCCUUGA